UAUAUCACAUCUUGGCUCUGCUUAUCGGCAUAAAAUACCCAAUAUCGCCGUUUAGGAAUAUCCCCUAUCGGUAUCAUACCAUUCCUGCUACCUCAACCAGCCUUACCAAAUUUUCGUGAAUUUGAGGAACGCGCCAUCCAGGAUAUCAGUAUCUCUAUCAGCUUUUGCCAUCACAAAAGAACCCAUCGACGGGUAAAAUGACGAUCGAAAAGAGUUCCUGUCGUGAUUGCACCGAUACUCCGAUGUUAAUCUAAUAAGGUUGGGAAGAAUCUUUGGGAAGAAUCUGGGGGAAACCAAUGCUUCAUUAAGUUGCUCCACUCUCUCAGAGAUGCGAAUGGAGUUGUGGGAUUGGUUGGGUUAGACGUCUUAUCGGACCCAGGCCUCUAAUAGCUUGAUGUCCGGCACGUAUAAUGUAUUGUUGACUUUUCAAGGCAUUAGUUGAUAUGUACGUCUUGUCACUUCAACGAUGUACGCUGCACACAGAUAAACAACGCAAAAGGAAGGGCGAUGUAUCAGUUACCAGGUUAAGCGUCAAGUGAGGGGCCGGGAUAUAUUUCUAGCCACACAGCUAUCUUCAACGUCUAGCUACAGCAAAUUUCCCGGCAAUGUUGUAUCUUUUAUCUGCCGUUACACCUCAUACGAUCUUUUCAGGAUCUUCACUAUUUGGAUAUACUUCAAAUAAAGUGUAUUUCAUUCCAAUCGCGGAGGGUACCUAAUACAAAAGUCCGACUCCGCUGGAAGCACAGAAGUUCAAUCAAGGUGUGGUGUGCUUCCGUGCCUGCGUCUGCAGGGUACAGAUGCAUGGGAUAUACACAUUUCCGCAACACGCCAGUGGAUUGAUAGUCUCUGAGCAUACUGCGCGAUGGAUAGCAACAUGAUAGAUUAGGUAUUUGCAUGAUAAAUGUCUUGCAAUCGGGAUGAAUCAUCAUAGUGUAGAUAGCUACAAGCUAUGUGACUUGACAAGGAGAGCGCCAAUCUCUUCUCCAGGGGAGGAAGGUAAACGGUAUAAGUUUGGGGGUUUACUUUGAGAAGUGCCAAAAUAGAGAAAUCUAUUAAGCCCCCACACUUUUCUUUCUUGGUCAGAGCACUAAGAGGAUAUUUUUGUUACCUCAUAUCUUUGAUAUCAUACAGAGCAAUCUCAAAUGGCGCCAGCUUACAAUGAAAAUGUGAUGAACGUGGAGGUCACAUCCCACGUCAGUAAUAAGUCUAGUAUUCUUAGUAGCGUUCUACACGGGAUACAAGAUGUGAGAUUGGAAGUUCGCAAUAUCACCGAACCUCAUAUCGGAGAACUCCAAGUUCAGAUCAAAUCGACUGGCAUCUGCGGUUCCGAUGUAAGCUAUUACAAAAAGUUCGCUAAUGGCGAUUUAUGUGCUUGCGCACCUCUAUCUCUUGGCCAUGAAGCUUCAGGUGUGGUUGUAGGAAUUGGACCCCAAGUCAAUGGCUUUGCUGUUGGUGAUCGGGUCGCCCUUGAGGUGGGCAUAUCAUGUGGACAAUGUGAUAUCUGUAGGAAAGGAAGAUAUAACCUUUGCAAGAAGAUGAGAUUCAGGAGUAGUGCAAAAAGUGUACCUCAUUUUCAGGGGACGUUGCAAGAGAGGAUCAAUCAUCCAGCUAUUUGGUGUCACAAGCUUCCGGAUCAUAUCUCAUUCGACGCUGCUGCACUUUUGGAACCACUUUCCGUGGCAAUUCAUUCUGUGAACCGAGCCGCACCUACACCUGGGUCCACAGCCGUUGUCAUCGGAGCUGGAGCAGUAGGCCUCCUCGUCGCUGCCAUGGCUCGUCAAUCUGGCUGCCCUAUUGUAACAAUAACCGACAUCUCCGCUAACCGGGUCCAAUACGCCCUCGACCACGGUUUCGCUACUCACGGAUACGUGAUUCCACCUUCUAGCUCCAACUCCAGCGCUCCCUCUACUGCCCACUCCUCGGGAACCUCCACUCCUUCCCUAGCUUCAGGGACCACAACACCUAUCUCUUCCUAUUCCACCAUCUCCGAUGGUCUCAACUCCGCAAAAUGUAGUGCUUCCGAUAUUUUGUCCAUCUCAUCCCCAGAUGACAAUCUCGCCGAAGACGACCACGAAGGAGCUGACAUAACCUUUGAGUGCACUGGCAAGGAAAUUUGCAUGCAAACCGCCAUCUACAGCACCAAACCGGGUGGAAAAGUAAUCAUGGUCGGCAUGGGAACACCCAUCCAAACGCUCCCUCUCUCCGCUGCUCAUCUCCGCGAAGUAGAUAUUCUAGGCGUCUUCAGAUAUGCAAAUACGUAUCUGACCGGUAUCCGAAUAUUAGGCGCUAGCGGGAAGAAAGGGGGUCUUCCGAGCUUAGACAACAUGGUUACGCAUCGGCUUAAAGGCCUGGGAAAUGCAAAACAAGCGUUUGAGUUGGCGGGAAAGACAAUGGAUGAGCGCGGAGAUCUUAUCCUAAAGGUGGUCAUUGAGGUGUAGAAAUCUACAAGGGGAAAGGAUGGAGUUGUUUGGCUUUUUUGGUAAUAUAAUGAUUUCCUUCUUCGGUUCUUUUCUUUGUUAAGUACAUGAUCUAGCAACCUUUCCUUUUGGAUAAGAAGUCGAAGGUUAAUCUGGGAAAGUGGUUGAGGGAAUGAAUUUGGUGUUUUGCCAUGAAAGAAAAAUAUCUGGUAUUGGGUUGGCGUCAUGCUUUGAAGCUGGAGAUAGAUAGAUCAAACAUAUUUGCAGUUCAGUUGAUCAAUCAAAUUCUAGUUCAUGUUGAAAACCUUGUUUCUUAAUUAGAUCUCAAGCCCACGUGAGCCCGAGACUAUUCCCCUAAAGACUCAACCUCGCUUCAAAUAAUAAGAUUCUCAAAAGGCAUCUAGCUAUCGCCGACUUGAGCUAAUAUAUCCGAUCACCAAUACCCUUAUUUGUUAUUUCCCAUCAUACCACCUCGCAUUUAAUAUGCAAAUCCGAUUUCUAUCC